AUGAAAUCUUUCAUUGUUCUUCUCUUAAUUUUUUGGAGAUUCGAUUGUCUUUCAAUUCCUUAUAUUAACAAUGUUUAUCUUCAACCAAUUGGCAUAUCGAAUUGGACUUUGACAAAACGUUUGAAUAUUUCAUGUGAACAAUGUUUAUGUGAACAAUUCACUGUAUCUUAUUUGGCAUUGAAUUGUUUUGCAAAUAAUUCUUGUGAAUUCUUUUCAAAUUUUCCAAAAUCUUAUAAAUUGAUUUCAUCAAAUGAAAGUCGAAUUUAUUUUCUUCAAAAUCAAUAUCCCAAUGAAAGUCUUUGUUGUAUGCCAAAUGUCACUGAACUUCUUCUUCGGUUACAAAAUGCUUCUCCAAUCGCAUUGAAUCUUUCAUUUGCACCAUCUGGACUUGGUUAUGAUCCGAAUUAUCCAUCAGAAGCAGCUGUUGUCGGUUGGUGGAGUUCACCCGCUUCUCUUUGGUUCAAUCCGAUAACAAUGACAGCGAUUGAAAAUAAUUCACUUUCGACUUCCUUAACUGUGACUUUGUAUAACAAUGAAAUGUUCACAGCUGUCGAUGGAACUCCCAGAAUACAUUUGAGAAAUAAAUUAACAAAUGUUUAUAUUGGAAAUCUGACUUAUUCAACAUUGAAUCAAGUGAGAAAAAUUAUUUUUAUAAAUGAUGGACAAACGAUGAUCGUUCCAACACAACAGAAUAAAUCUGUAACUAUUUUCAAUUUUUAUUCGUCAUCAAAUUAUUCGAUUCAAGGAGUCUUCGCUCUUCCAUAUUCAAGUAUUCAUGGAAUCGCAAAAGUAAACGAAACAUUUUUCUAUAUUUCUACCUGGUCUGAUCGAUUAAUUCUUUCAUGUAAAUAUGAAAAUUUGACGUGGACUCAUCAAAUUCUUGUCAAUGGAACAACAACUCAAUGGGGUUCUCAUUUAACAGUUGAUGAUUGUGGAAGAAUUUGGUUUAUUAAUACAAAUUUUGGUUUACGUAUUUUUGAUUCAAAUGGACUUGAAAUCGGCAAUUGGAAUUUAUCUUUAAAUUCAACAAAUAGGAUUUAUGAUCUUGUUUUUCUUUCCAAUUAUGUUUUAUUAAUUUCAUUUAUUGAUCAACAUAAAAUUCUUCGAUUUGAUCCGUUUGUUUCGUGUUAA